AUUAAUGUAGUAUUGAUUUCUUUCCAAUUUUUACCGAUCGGGUUGUUUCUUCUCAUGCACAAAUACACGCCACCGGCCGGUCGGACACAGUGACCAUGAGGAUGGCAACACAACGGUUGUUCUCAGUAUUCCUCUUCCUCCUCCUCGCGGCGGUCGAAGGCACUCCAUCGGCCAUCAUCUCCAAGACCUGCGCCAGAGCGUCCAACUUCAGCACGUAUGGGGGCUAUGACUAUUGCGUGGGUGUCCUGACGGCAGACCCGGCGGCCGCCGCCGCCAAUAGCACCCAAACGCUGGCCAUCGCCGCCACGAAGCUUGCGCUGCACAACGUCACGUCCACGGUGCUGGUGCUGGAAGACCUCUUCAGCAGCAUCGCGCAUUGUGCGGGCAACUACGGCGAGAUGAACCAUACGGUGACGAUGGCGGUAGAGGACAUCCGCGCCGGACACGCGGAGGCAGCGGCCGGCAAGUUAUCUGGUGCCGCCGGCGAUCCUGACGACUGUGACUCACACUUGUCCAAGGGGAGCGCCAAGAAGAACCCGAUGACGAAGGAGAACCACAACGCUGCGUCCUUGUCCUACACGGCGUACGGCAUCACCAUGGAGGCGCUGCACGCUAAGCUUCUCGCCACGACGGACGCGCCAUCGGCAACCAUCACGAAGGCGUGCGCUGGGCUGUCAAACUUCACGCCGCACAUGGAUUAUGACUUCUGCGUGGGCGCGCUCGUGGCGGACCCGGCUGCCGGCGCUGCCAAGGAUGCCCGCGCGCUGGCCGUCGUUGUGGCGAACCUCACCGCGGCCAACGUCUCCUCAACGCUGCUCGUGCUCCUCGACCUCCGCCAUAGCCUCUCUGAUUGCCUGAGCUACUACAAGGACAUGAGCAAGACAGUGGCGGCCGCGGCGUACUACAUCGGCGCCGGGCAAGCCGACACGGCGUCCGACUUGCUCAACGAUGCUUCCAACCAGCCCGACAACUGCGACAUUCUAUUGUUCCAGGGGAGCGCCAUGAAGAACCCGAUGAUGAAGGAGAACGACGAUGCCAGGCACCUGACUUACUUGGCAUACGCCAUCGCUGAUAGCUGAGUCCAAAAAUCAAGUUUUAUUCUUCAGUUCUUUCCAAUAAUAUCACGGUUGUGUGCCUGCGCAUGGUCGUGAGGCUUUUAUUUCUCA